GCCGCUUGGAUCCCAAUCCUACAGACGGACCGCAUCUUACCGGGGGCUUGACGCUGGGAUUUGUGGAUUUGCAUGUGUGUGCUUUUUUUUGUUUUUUUGAAGUUUAAAAUUUUCUUUUAAAAAAGAAAUUACCCAAAACCAACAAAUCCAGCUCGCCCCUCCCCAGCCGGCCUCCUACCUCUCAGAUAGCCCAUGAUGCCCUCCAGUGGUACCACCACCGUGGACAGCAGCAGCUCCAACCUGGAGAGGGACGAGGACCGCAAGGAGGAAGAAGAGCUGGAGGAGCCGAGGGGCAAGGAGGAGCGACAGGAUUCCAGCACACCCAUGAGGAAGGUGGGAAGGCCUGGGCGGAAGCGGAAGCACCCAGUGGUGGAAAACAGCGACACCCCUAAGGACGUUGCCGCGACUUCAAAGUCCCCCUCCAUGGCUCAGGACACCAGUCCUGCAGAGCUGCUGCCCAAUGGGGAUGUGGAGAAGCUCAGUGAGCCCCAGCCAGAGGAAGGGAGCCCUGCUGGGAGAAAGGGCGGGGCACGGGCUGAGGGAGAGGCAGAGGCAGAAAGCACCCCAGAGGCUGCCCGCACCCUGGAGAAUGGCUGCUGUACCCCCAAGGAUGGGCAAGAAGCCCCCGUUGUGGGCGGCAAAGAAGAGAAGGAGGAAACCCACUUUGAUUCUGUGAAAAUGGAGGGAGCUCGGGGACGGUUACGGGGAGGCCUGGGCUGGGAGUCCAGUCUUCGACAGCGGCCCAUGCAGCGACUCACCUUCCAGGCUGGGGAUCCCUACUACAUCAGUAAACGCAAGAGAGAUGAGUGGCUGGCACGGUGGAAAAGGGAGGCUGAGAAGAAAGCCAAGGUCAUCGCAGUGAUGAAUGUCGUAGAGGAAACCCAGGGGACUGGAGAGCCGCAGAAGGUCGAGGAGGCCAGUCCUCCCGCUUUACAGCAACCUACUGAUCCUGCUUCCCCCACUGUGGCCACCACACCUGAGCCAGUGGGGGCUGAUGCUGGGGACAAGAAUAAUGCUAAGGCCACUGAUGAUGAGCCUGAAUAUGAGGAUGGCCGGGGCUUUGGCAUUGGGGAACUGGUAUGGGGAAAACUGCGGGGCUUCUCCUGGUGGCCCGGCCGAAUUGUAUCCUGGUGGAUGACAGGCCGAAGUCGAGCAGCUGAAGGCACUCGAUGGGUCAUGUGGUUUGGAGAUGGCAAGUUUUCAGUGGUUUGUGUUGAGAAAUUGAUGCCACUGAGCUCCUUCUGCAGUGCCUUCCACCAGGCCACAUAUAACAAGCAGCCCAUGUACCGGAAAGCCAUCUAUGAGGUCCUUCAGGUGGCCAGCAGCCGCGCCGGGAAGCUGUUUCCGGCCUGCCCUGAGAACGAUGAAAGUGACACAGCCAAGGCCGUGGAAGUGCAGAACAAACAAAUGAUCGAGUGGGCUCUUGGUGGCUUCCAGCCCUCUGGCCCCAAGGGCCUGGAGCCACCAGAAGAAGAGAGAAAUCCCUACAAGGAAGUUUACACUGACAUGUGGGCCCCAGUAGAGCCUGAAGCUGCUGCCUAUGCCCCACCUCCACCAGCCAAAAAGCCCCGAAAGAGCACAGCAGAGAAGCCCAAGAUCAAAGAGAUCAUUGACGAACGCACAAGAGAGCGACUGGUAUAUGAGGUGCGGCAGAAAUGCAGGAAUAUUGAAGACAUCUGCAUCUCCUGUGGGAGCCUCAACGUCACCCUGGAACACCCCCUCUUCAUCGGAGGAAUGUGCCAAAACUGCAAGAACUGCUUCCUGGAGUGUGCCUAUCAGUACGACGAUGAUGGCUACCAGUCAUACUGUACUAUCUGCUGUGGGGGCCGAGAGGUCCUCAUGUGUGGGAACAACAACUGUUGCAGGUGCUUCUGUGUGGAAUGUGUGGACCUCUUGGUGGGCCCAGGUGCUGCCCAGGCAGCCAUCAAAGAAGACCCUUGGAACUGCUACAUGUGCGGGCACAAAGGCACCUACGGGCUGCUGCGGCGGCGAGAGGACUGGCCGUCACGCCUCCAGAUGUUUUUCGCCAAUAACCAUGACCAGGAGUUUGACCCUCCCAAAGUUUAUCCCCCAGUCCCAGCUGAGAAACGGAAGCCAAUCCGGGUGCUAUCUCUUUUCGAUGGAAUUGCCACAGGACUGCUGGUGCUGAAGGACCUGGGGAUCCAGGUAGACCGCUACAUUGCCUCAGAGGUGUGUGAGGACUCCAUCACUGUGGGCAUGGUGCGGCACCAAGGGAAGAUCAUGUACGUGGGGGACGUCCGCAAUGUCACACAGAAGCACAUACAGGAAUGGGGCCCUUUUGAUUUGGUGAUUGGAGGCAGUCCCUGCAAUGACCUUUCUAUUGUCAACCCUGCUCGGAAAGGUCUCUAUGAGGGCACUGGACGGCUCUUCUUUGAGUUCUACCGCCUUCUGCACGAGGCCCGGCCCAAGGAAGGUGAUGACCGCCCCUUCUUCUGGCUCUUUGAAAACGUGGUGGCCAUGGGGGUCAGUGACAAGCGGGACAUCUCACGCUUUCUAGAGUCCAACCCUGUGAUGAUUGAUGCCAAAGAAGUGUCAGCAGCGCACAGGGCUCGCUACUUCUGGGGUAACCUUCCCGGUAUGAACAGGUUGGUGAGAGCAGGGCCAUUGGCAUCUACCGUGAAUGAUAAGCUGGAGCUUCAGGAGUGUUUGGAGCAUGGCAGGAUAGCAAAGUUCAGCAAAGUGAGGACCAUUACAACUAGGUCAAAUUCCAUCAAGCAGGGCAAAGACCAGCAUUUUCCAGUCUUCAUGAAUGAGAAAGAGGACAUCUUGUGGUGCACUGAAAUGGAGAGGGUCUUUGGCUUCCCAGUCCAUUACACGGAUGUCUCCAACAUGAGCCGUUUGGCAAGGCAAAGACUGCUAGGCCGGUCAUGGAGCGUUCCUGUGAUCCGCCACCUCUUCGCCCCCUUGAAGGAAUAUUUUGCCUGUGUGUAAGGGACAUGGAAGUGAACUGGGAUAGUGACAUCUAAUCAAAGCAAAACCACCAAGAAUGAGAGGAUGGAGAGAAGUAUCAGCACCCGGAAGUGAAAAAAAGGAAUUUCAAACAAACAAACAAAACACAAAAACCAUCACAGAUGCGAAAACAUCCACAAGGCAUCGCCGAGCAAAAGGGUUGGACGUCAUCUCCUGAUUUUUCAAUGUUAAACUUUGAUCCUAUUUAAAAAACAAAACCAAGCUUCCCCUCCCCUCUUUAUUAUUAUUAUUAUUAAUAUUAUUAUUAUUAUUUGGGUCAAACAUUUAGUUUUCCACUCUUUCCAGAGGGGUUUUCUGUUUGUCUCGGUUUUGGCUUCUCGCUGUGACUGAAAUAAGAGGGUUUAUAAUUUUUUUUUAAUGCUGUAAGAGGAGGAGUAGGAAAACAGGGAACUACAGCAAAAAAAAAAAAA